CCCGCCCACAGCCCGCUCAGGCAUUGCGCCGGCCACCUAUCCCCGCCCACAGCCCGCUCAGGCAUUGCGCCGGCCCCCUAUCCCCGCCCACAGCCCGCUCAGGCAUUGCCUUGGCCACCUAGCCCCGCCCACAGCCCGCUCAGGCAUUGCCUUGGCCACCUAGCCCCGCCCACAGCCCGCUCGCGGAGGGUAGGAGACCCCGUGCCGCCGGAAGCAGGCCCUCUCUCUCUCCAGAUCCGCCAUUAGCAGGAGGUGAGUGCUGGGAUGGCGCUCCGGAGGUCGGUGGAUGGUCGCGGGUUACCCGGGGGGUUCGGAGCCCGGCGGGGUCGGCCCAUGGCGGACACUAACCCUCCUCUCUCUCCCCCGCAGGUGGAUCCGGCUCCGACAUGCAGAUCUUCGUGAAAACCCUCACCGGGAAGACCAUCACCCUCGAGGUGCGGGCCGGGCUAUGGGGGUGCCGGGGAUGGGGGGGGGGUGCGGGCCGGGCAUGGCGGUGGUUAUGGUUGAUGGAUGCUGGCUGGGGGGUGCCGGGCAUGGGGAGGGGGUGGCGGUGGUUAUGGGGGUUGAGGGCCGGGCAUGGCGGUGGUUAUGGUGGAUGCGGGCCGGACAUGGGGAGGGGGGGAGGCAGUGGUUAUGGUGGAUGCUGGCUGGGGUGUGCCGGGCUGGCUGGGCAGGGGCUGGCGGUGGUUAUGGUGGUCUGGGGUCCCUCGCGUUAUUUAGUAUCCGGGACCCGUGAAUGUCCCGCCGUUACACGGUGUGUGUGUGUCCGAGCUCUCUGCGAGAUUCACUAAGGGGCGAGUUUGUCGUGUUUGAGGGGGUUUCAGUGUGAGGGCCGCUGCUCCUUUAUUGGGAACAAAGCUGCCAUGCGGAAUGUUUUAUUUUGAGGUUAAUUCCUGGAAUCCAGGUUUUUUUUUUCGAUAACUCUCUUUAGUGAAUGCUGUAUUUGAUUCUGUAUUUCCCAACCGUGGUGUAUGCUGGGUGCUGGCCAUGUGCAGUCAGGGCCCAUCCAUCCUGUUAUGUAUCCUGCAUGGCUUUAUGCUGGCCAUGUGCAAUGCAGGCAGUAAUAGGCAGCCUGGGCGGCUCGCUGCGACAUGUGAAGGAUAGAUUGUACUUGGCUGAUGUUACUGUCAGGCAAUGAAGCUUUCAACAUUUAUUUUUUUACUGGCAUUUAUAAUGUGCCAACACAUUCUGCAGGGCUGUACAAUUAGGGAAAAAUACAAUGUAAACCGACCAAUGCAAAAGUAGGCCUUGCCUAUGAGCUUACAUUCUAAAGAUAGACUUGGUUCACUACUUUGAGCAACGUUCUCCAUAGGUGCUUGAACCCACCCUACAAGUCCGUUAUGAGGGUAUGAAUAAACUAUAGAAAGUGCUCUGGAGACUUAGUAAGUUUUCUAAUGUAAACUGUGUAGCACUAACAAGCUGAGCUAUUGCUGAGGUACUACACCCACAUUGAUAAUGACUUCUGCAAUGUCUAGGUCAGGAAAAUGUAAUGUUGAUAAUGUGACAGUGUUGUGGAAUAGUGCCAAAGAUCUGUAGGUAACCUAACUGUUACAGUGAAUAGUGGGAGUGCCUAUUUAAAGCGUCUGUCGCCUUUUGGGGUCUAUGCAUAUUUUGCGAAGUCCUCCAAUGGUGACAUCACUAUUUGUACAGUGUGGGUGAGUUAUACUUGCCUGAUACUGUACCCUUUGGCUGCUGCCAUCUUCAGGUCCUGGCACUUCAUGUCAGUGUUGUACUCUUGCGCGUGUGCAAAUGUACAAAACUAAUGUCAAUGGAGCAUCCAUAGAUAUUAUCUUGUAAUGAGCAAUAUAAUGCCUUAUUCCCAUAACCAUUGCUAGUGACCGCGAUAUUAAACUUAGAUGUGUAUGUCCAGCAAUAAGUGCUAUAAAAUUUAAAUUCAUACCUUUUUUGCUUUGAGUUCUGCCCAUUUUUAUAGUGAUAUAAUAUAUAUAAAAUGUUGCUAUUUUAUUUUACAGGUUGAAGCGUCUGAUACUAUUGAAAAUGUCAAAGCUAAAAUUCAGGAUAAGGAAGGUAGGUUGGUGGAUUUUCAAAUAUGAGAACAUGGCAGAUAUCAAGACCCCCAUCUUUAAACUGUUUUUAAAUCUAUGCUUGUUAUGCAAAGUUCUUAAAGUUUGGAAGGUGUUACGCAAUAUUGUUACAUUAUGGAAAACUGUCUGAAAUAUUGAACGUUGCAAAUGUGUUGACUUUUAAGUAAACCUUGUCUUUAUGAAUGCUUUCCUUGGGAGUAGCUUCCUAUUUAACGACCAUACUCGUUUUCCUGGCACUAUAGUGCCCUGAGGGUGCCCCCACCCUCAGGGACCCCCUCCCGCCCGGCUCUGGAAGGGGGAAAGGGUUAAAAACGUAACUUUUUCCAGCGCUGGGCGGGGAGCUCUCUGCCUCCUCCUGGGCUGAAUGCGCACGCGCGGCAAGAGCUGCGCGCUCAUUCAGCCUGUCGCAUAGGAAAGCAUUUACAAUGCUUUCCUAUGGACGCUUGCGUGCUCUCACUGUGAAAAUCAGUGAGAAGCACGCAAGCGCCUCUAGUGGCUGUCAAUGAGACAGCCACUAGAGGAAACAGGGGGAAGGCUUAACCCAUUCAUAAACAUAGCAGUUUCUCUGAAACUGCUAUGUUUAUGAAAGAAUGGGUUAACCCUAGCUGGACCUGGCACCCAGACCACUUCAUUAAGCUGAAGUGGUCUGGGUGCCUAGAGUGGUCCUUUAAGUUUAUUCAGAAGUGGUUUCUGCUAUUCUAACUGCAGAUUAAGUCCUUGAUGCUUUGGUGGCUGUGGAUUGUCAGAAGUGGCCGGCAAUAUCUUUGUGCGUGCUUGUCCCUUAUGAUUAUUGUGUGUGUUCUUAAACUGACUUCUAAUGUGUGUUUUUGUUUUUUGUGUUCCAGGUAUUCCCCCUGAUCAGCAGAGAUUGAUCUUUGCUGGCAAACAGCUGGAGGAUGGCCGCACUCUUUCUGACUACAACAUCCAGAAGGUAUGGCUUUCAACCAGAAACCUGUACCUUUAUCUCUAGGCAAACCAUUGUGCAACGUUAACUUACUGUGGUACAGCUUUGUGUUUUUAAAGGCUUUGUAUUGGGUAAUUUUAUGUAAAUUGUUUAUCAUGUGGCAAGAUGUUGGCUGACUUUGUAACCUGUUUAAAGGCUGCUAAAAGGUCACAUAAGGUGUUUACAAAGAUAUUAUUCCCAAAGAGCACCUUGUCUAGUAUUAGCCAGUAAAUGUGCUGGUAAAAUGGUCUGCACACUGUGAGAUGACACAAGCCCAGAAUGCAUUGCACAUUAUUAUUUUAUUAAUUUUUUUUGAGGGGAUAUUAAGCAAUUUGUGCAAUGUAAAACCAAUUAACUCAUUAAUAAUUGUUCUGUGAAGAACGUGUUCAUUCUCUGCAGCUAGUGUUCUGAAGGUUUUUUUUUUUUCUCUUCUUUCCUUAAAAUUAAAUUCUAAUGCUAACCCGGAGUUCUGUGAAUGUAAAUGACUGUUCAAGCCAGGUCUGUUGGAAGUGAUCAGCAUUUAUACAUUUCUGUUGGUGCUAGUUAGCAGUUAGAACAUGUCUAGUUAAUACAGCAAUGGUUGGAUUAUCCUUUGUCGGUUUAUAUAUCCAAAGUGUUUUAAGAGCUCAGUAUAUUCGUAUCUUAUGGUAGUGUUUCACAUUUUGACCUGACUAUUCUCCCAGGAGUCCACUCUUCACCUUGUGCUGAGGCUCCGAGGUGGUGCCAAGAAGAGGAAGAAGAAGUCUUACACCACUCCCAAAAAGAACAAGCAUAAGAGAAAGAAGGUCACACUUGCCGUGCUCAAGUACUACAAGGUACUCUCAUAACAUAAGCUACAGAUGGUUUUACGUAGGGAUGUAGCUAUUGAUCCUUGCUUCAUUUAAGUGAUUCCCUGGUGAAUUCCAACAACCCUGAUUGUGCUGCAAAAACACUGGUUUAGUUUCAGUUGUGGACUUAUGGUUAUCGGCAUUUGGAUUACCCCUUACCUGCCCUUGCCCCCAGGCAUCUCCACAUUAAACCAUGUAUGAUCAUAUUUGCCCUAAUACAUGGGCUAUGUUUAAAAAAAAAAAAUUAAAAAAAAAUGGGAUACUGUGUAUGGUUAAGCUUGGCAUCCAUGUUUUGUGAAGUACAGAAAACUAGAGUUGCAGACAUCCGAGGUGCCAAAGCUAGACAUCACUGCAUGAUGAUGUAAACGUUUUCCUUCUCUCUAUCAUAAAGUACUAAUGCAUAGCAGGCUCAGAUUGUAUUGGGCCAAGUCUCCGGAGUUGUUUAGGUAUUGGUGUUACUCAGCUUUGUGGAAUAGCCCUGUGUGUUAAUCAGAUGGUGUUGUCUCUUGCAGGUCGAUGAGAACGGUAAAAUCCACCGCCUGCGACGUGAAUGCCCUUCAGAUGAGUGUGGAGCUGGUGUCUUCAUGGCAAGUCACUUUGAUAGGCAUUACUGUGGCAAGUGCUGUCUGACUUACUGCUUCAACAAGCCCGAAGACAAAUAAAUGUACAUUUGUUAAUAAAGGAGUCCACUAAUCUAGCUCUUUGUUUUCUGUUUUGAGCAAACUGUUGGCAAGUAGCUGAAGUUGGCUACCAGCUAACCAGAUGACACAUCCUUAUCACCAUCUGGUAAUAUAU